AUGACAAGGAAGAGGGAUGCUGCGCUCCAUCCAAGCCGAGCCGGCUGCGCGGUUAUACGCGCGGUGGCACAACUACGGCCAUCUAAAAAGAUGCCAAGCCUUCCUGCGGUUAUCCUGAUUGUGCCAGUGAUGCUGUUAGCCUCGGUCAAGCCAGCAUCAGCUCAUCCCCAAUGCCUGGACUUUAAGCCACCUUUUAAACCUCCAUGGCACCUGGAGUUUUGCAAACAGUAUGAGCAGUUUGGAUGCUGCGACCAGGGAACUGAUAACAUGAUCGCGGAGAGGUACUGGGACAUCAUUGAACAGCUGGAAGCGGCAGGUCAUGAGCUCUGUACCGACAUGCUGAAGGAAAUUAUGUGCCAGGAAUGCUCGCCAUAUGCUGCCCACCUCUACGAUGCUGAGGACCCCUACACACCUGUGAGAGAAAUUCCUGGUCUUUGCUUUGACUACUGCUCUGAGUUUCAUUCCAAAUGUCGCCACGUGCUUAAAUAUUUAACAGUCAACCAGCUGCUGCUGUACGCCGCAGAGCGCGACGUAACCACGUUCUGCAGCAUGGUAGACCUGCCUGACCAAGACUACUGCUACCCCAAUGUUUUGAAAAGCUCUGACCUGAAUAGUAACCUGGGACAGGUGGUAGAGGACCCAAGAGGUUGUCUCCAGUUGUGCCUGACUGAAGUGGCCAACAAUCUCAGGAACCCAGUGCUGAUGCUGCACAGUGGAGAUGACACACACCGAAUGUUUAUUGCAGAACAGAUGGGCUUUGUUUGGGUUUACCUACGCGAUGGCAGCCGGCUGGAGCAGCCUUUCCUGGAUAUGAGCGGGGAGGUGUUGACCACUCCAUGGCUGGGGGAUGAGAGAGGAUUCCUAGGAAUGGCUUUCCACCCAAAGUACCGGGAUAAUGGACGCUUCUUUAUUUACUAUUCCAUCCAGGUCAGCAGUGAGCUGGAAAAAAUCAGGAUCAGCGAGAUGAAGGUGUCUGCCUAUGACAUGAACGUGGCUGAUCCCUACUCAGAGAGGUUCAUUUUAGAGAUCGAGGAGCCAGCUGCAAACCACAACGGAGGCCAGCUGCUUUUUGGUGUUGACGGCUAUUUGUAUAUCUUCACUGGAGACGGUGGAAAAGCUGGGGAUCCAUUUGGGAAGUACGGCAACGCACAAAACAAAAGUGCUCUUUUGGGAAAAGUGCUUCGCAUUGAUGUGGAUGGAAGUGACCCCAGUGGCAUGCCAUACAGGAUCCCCCCUGACAACCCAUUCCUCAGGGACCCAGGUGCCCGGCCAGAGGUGUUUGCUUAUGGGGUAAGAAACAUGUGGCGAUGUUCCGUGGACCGCGGAGACCCGGUGAGCGGCUACGGCAGAGGUCGGAUAAUCUGCGGGGAUGUUGGUCAAAACCGCUACGAGGAGAUUGACAUUAUUAUCAAAGGAGGAAACUAUGGAUGGAGGGCCAAAGAGGGCUUUGAGUGCUACGACAUGAAAUUGUGCCAAAACUCCUCCCUGAAUGACAUCCUCCCUAUAUUUGCAUACAGCCAUCAUGUCGGGAAGUCUGUGACAGGGGGGUAUGUGUACAGAGGAUGUGAAUCACCCAAUCUGAAUGGCUUGUACAUUUUCGGAGACUUCAUGAGUGGUCGAAUUAUGGCAUUAGAGGAAGACAGGACAACAGGAAACUGGAAAGAGAGGAGUGUGUGUAUGGGUGAUACGCAGACUUGCUCUUUUCCCGGACUCAUCAAUAAACACCACAAGUUCAUCAUCUCAUUUGCUGAAGAUGAAGCAGGGGAGCUGUACUUCCUGGCUACGUCAUACCCGAGUGCCAUGUCGGCUUUUGGAACCGUGUUUAAAUUCAUGGACCCCUCCAGGAGAGCACCUCCUGGGAAAUGUAAGCAAAAGCCACUCCCUGUCAAAGUGAGGGGGAAAAAGUUUCCAUUUGUGCCACAGGAAUUGACUGUGCUGGGCACAAAUGAAAAACCUACCAGACCACCGCCAAGAAAAUUCAAACUCCCCACCAAACCGCCGGUGAGGAGCAGCCAGAUCACAACUACGAUGACUGCAGCAGGCAACUCAACGACGGGCACCGCUGUAAAGGUCAAACCGAAAUCAUCGGACAAAGACACGAAGAAGAAAAAUAUGCUGAAACCAUGGAAAAAAGACAAAAUGCUGAACAAGAAAAAAGCCAGCACACAAGCAAAGAAGAAUACUUUGAAGCAGAAAUCUAAGAAGACGACUGUCAGCGUCAAAGAUAAAGUAAAACCAAAGACAAAUCAAACCGCCACAGAGACUUUAAACACUUCAAACGCCCACAAUGGCCUGAAAGAUAACAAAAUCCACACAAAGAGGAAGAUCCCCCAGAGGGAAGCUGCGCAGAAGCAAAGUGGACCAAAGAUGAAGAUUAAAGAAUCUACAAAAGAGUAUCCUGCCUUUGUGAACAAAACUAAGACAAACUUCAACGUAAGAAGCAACAGAACACUGACAAGACAGCUUAAGGUGAAGAGCAAACAAACAUGAGUCUGAUUAUGGCUUAAUCAGAUUUCGUCUUCAUGAAAUGAUAGUGUUGACUGGCACAUCUUAAAGCAAUAGUUCUACUCUUAUUUUCAGCUAUGGGAAGAGUUAUUCCACUCCCAUGUAUGCACAGAGACAGCAGCUUAGUGCAAAGGCUAACGACAGAGGCGAGCUCCUGAAGACUGGCUCUAUCAGAGAAUCAAUUCACCAGCACUUCUAAAGAUUGCUAAUUAUUAUUUCACCUUUAUUGUUGACGCUGGAGUCUCCGAUUCCAGAUAUGAGCAGCCUCUGCCAAAAUGCUGAACAAUUCCUUUAAAGCAGUGUUUCUCAUAUUGGUUACCAGUAGA